UCCUAAAAGAAAAAAAAUGGAUAUGAAGAGAAAAUAAAGAGAGGUCAUGGGUUAAACGCUUUCACAUAUCUGAACUGGUCCAAAUGUCUCUCUUUCUCCCCCUCUAUAUAUUAUUAUGUGCGGGCUCUAUCCAGAUGUGCACAAGUUUUGUGGUACUCUUGUUCACUCCACGGUGAAACACCAAUCUCUAGAAUCCUCUCUCUAGAAUAUUGUGAUAUAUAAAAGUGAUGGCUGAGAUAUCAGGAGCAAAUGGUAACCAUGGAGUGGUUUUGAAUAUUAAAGAUGGUGAUCACGUCAAUCACAACCUUCCUGCCCCAGCAUCCACAAAGGAUGGACACUCCCGAGGCAGCAGCAGCUUUUUUACUAUAUCUUUCAUGCAAAAGUUGAUAGCGGAGCUGUUGGGUACUUACUUCUUGAUAUUUGCCGGCUGCGCCGCGGUGGUGGUGAAUUCCGAUAAGGACAAGGUGGUGUCACACUCGGGAGUAUCAAUCGUCUGGGGACUGGUUGUGAUGGUAAUGGUGUACUCUGUUGGCCACAUCUCCGGUGCCCAUUUUAACCCCGCUGUCACCAUUGCCUUCGCCACCUGCAAAAGGUUUCCAUUGAAACAGGUGCCAGCCUAUGUAUCUGCUCAAGUCAUUGGAUCAACUCUGGCAAGCGGAACCCUCCGGCUAAUAUUUAGCGGGGGGCAGAAUCAUUUCGCCGGCACACUUCCGGACGGGUCGGACAUGCAAUCUUUCGCCUUGGAGUUCAUAAUCACAUUCUACCUCAUGUUUGUCAUAUCUGGUGUCGCCACAGAUAAUCGAGCUAUUGGAGAACUUGCUGGACUUGCUGUUGGGUCUACAGUUCUGCUAAAUGUCAUGCUCGCAGGGCCAAUUUCAGGAGCAUCGAUGAAUCCAGCAAGAAGUUUGGGGCCAGCAAUUGUGUGGAACCAAUACAGGGGUAUAUGGAUAUACCUAGUGGCAACAACCUGUGGGGCCAUAGCAGGUGCUUGGGUCUACAAUAUCAUCAGGUUCACCAACAAGCCCCUCCGUGAAAUCACCAAGACUGGCUCUUUCCUCAAGAGCGUCAAAAGCAACGGAUCGAAUGUGUUGCAUCCUGCUGAGAGCCUUUAGUGGAAGCAAGCAAAAUUUAUGAUACGCAUAUUCAUGGGUUGAAAUAUCAAGUACGGUAAGUGUGGCACUUGGUGCAUGUAUACUGAGAUGAAGAUGAAGGAACAUGAACUCUUUCUUAUGUUUAAUUGUAAUUCCAUAAACAAGAAUAAUUUCUAGACUGUGACUGCUUUAGCAACACACAACAUUCGCAACUAUUUGUAAUGUUCAAUUGAGGUAACAUGAAUUCUAGAGGGUACACAUACCUACCUGUCCUGAAA